GUUCGUGCUAAACAAGCGGCCAAAGCGUUAGAAGCAAUGAUGAGAACACCAAAUGCAGAUAAAGAGGCUGCAUUAUAUUCCAGACUUCCUGAGUUAGCGAAGCUUCUUCGCAAUAUUUUUGUGGCGGAAAAGAAAGGCGUUUUACCAAUGGAAGCAAUAAUACAAAAACUGGAUAAUUCUUUUAGAGUGAAGCUAACGUUGCAAGAAAUAGAGGAUCAUAUACGACAAUUGUGCAAACUAUUACCUAUGUGGGUCAGUAUACAUAAUGUACGGAAGGUGGAUUAUCUGAAAUUAGAUAAAAAUGUUGAACUUACCAAAGUGAUUAAACGAUUAGAAAUUUUAGCCGAUGAUAAAGUUAAGAUAGCAUCCUAAUUUUUACAGUUUGAUAAAUUAUAUAUUGAAUAUCUAUAUUUCCAUCUAAUAGUAAAACUAUUAUGCUAUUUAGAUUAAAAACGCUUUUGCAUAUUUACAUCUAUAUCGUUAUUGAAAGAUGAUCAAAUAAUGCAUCUUAUAUAUAAUUUAUGACAUUACCAUUUGUCCUUCACAAGGUAUUUUUGGCAAAUUGAAAUUAUAAAACAUGAAAAAGAAAUA